UCCGCAGCUAACCAUUUACCAUAAAAUUAAUGCAAUAAAAAUCAAGUUGAAGAAAACUAGAAAUGGCUACUCGCUCCCUACCUGCUCUCUGUUCCCACCUCCGUUCCGUUGACUUGUCCGACCGUCGCCGUCAUGUUCCCGGAAAAUCUCGUUCUAUCAGAUGUCUGCGCGACCGGAUUCUCCACCGCCGUUGCCUUUACCUGCCUCAGCUUCUGGGGGGAGGUCGGCAAGCGCGGCAUCCUCGACCAGACUCUGAUCCGGAAGCUUGUGCAUAUAAAUAUCGGGCUAGUUUUUAUGCUGUGCUGGCCACUCUUCAGCCCUGGGCUCCAAGGGGCGGUUUUAGCUUCUCUCGUCCCUGGAGUCAAUAUAAUACGGAUGCUGCUGCUGGGUCUUGGAGUGUACCACGACGAAGGAACAAUCAAGUCGAUGAGCAGACACGGAGACCGCAGGGAACUGCUUAAGGGGCCGCUUUAUUAUGCAUCAUCAAUCACUUUAGCUUGUGUCUUCUAUUGGAGGACGUCCCCUAUUGCCAUUGCAGUGAUAUGCAACCUUUGUGCUGGAGAUGGUAUGGCUGACAUUGUGGGAAGGCGGCUUGGAACAGAGAAGCUUCCUUACAACAGAAGCAAAUCGAUAGCCGGUAGCAUCGCAAUGGCGACAUCAGGGUUUACAGCUUCUGUCGUGUACAUGCGCUACUUCGCUUCAUUCGGAUAUAUGGAGGAGAGUUGGGGAAUGAUUCUUAGAUUCUUGGUAGUCUCGAUUGCUUCGGCCGUGGUAGAGUCAUUACCCAUAAGCACCGAUAUAGACGACAACCUCACUGUUUCCUUGACAUCUGUCUUGCUGGGUACUUUCAUCUUCUAGGUGUUGUGUCCUUUUGUAAAACAUUAGGGUUCAAGGCUUUUGUCAACAAGGGACCAAAACCUUGCCUUUUAACACGACAUUCGCAUCUCAUCUCAUGUGAUGGGUUGGGGAUUUAUGUUUUUUUUUUUUUUUUUUUUUUUUUGUUGUUGUGAAAUCUGUGUUGUUGUCCGCAAAUUUGUAAUUCGGAAAAUGUUGUACUGUAUUGACCCAUUUUGUGGAACCCUACUUGAUUUUUGUUUU